AGAGGGAUGGAGGACACUGAAUGGAGGCCAGUGGAAGGAUUGGCAGAGAGGUGUGGAGGACACUGAGUGGAGGCCAGUUGAGGGAUUGGCAGAGAGGGGUGGAGGACACUGAAUGGAGGCCAGUGGAGGGAUUGGCAGAGAGGGGUGGAGGACACUGAAUGGAGGCCAGUGGAGGGAUUGGCAGAGAGGGGUGGAGGACACUGAAUGGAGGCCAGUGGAGGGAUUGGCAGAGAGGGGUAGAGGACACUGGACGGUUGGUAUGGUGGAUGAGUCUGGCAGCAGCAUUCAUGACGGACUGGAGGGGGGAUAGCCUUUGUAAAGGUAAGCCAAUUAGGAGGGAGUGCAGUUCUCGAGUAUGGAGACUAGCGUGCAAAAAAACCAGAUGAUCGUUCGUGUGAUAUUUUCGUCGUGUGUACUAGGCAUUAUAGAGGGCUUUGUCAGUAUGGAAAGAAGCAGUCCAGUGCGGAUGACUAUCACCAGCAGACUUUGCAGA